GGGUUUCUCUAUGCGGCGGGAUUUGUUGUAAAGUAUUCAAAUUUUAUUUUGCUUCCAGUUUCAACUCUCACUCUCCACAUUUGCUUCAUUUUUGCGCUUAAUUUGAAGUCUCAAAAGUUGAAUAUGGGAGCUGAGUGUGGUUUUCAAACAAAACAACAGCUCAACGAGUGUAUUUUGCGCUGCCCUUGGUCGGAAUACCCGCUUCCUCCAGUUCACAGAGCUUGUCGAGAUGGCGAUAUUCUUAGUUUGACCUAUUUGACCAUCCAAGGAGAUAGGUUAGCAGUUUUUCACUCAAUUAAUGCUCAGGAUCAAUUCCUUAUGUGGACACCUAUACACUGGGCAGCUUAUUUUGGAAAGGUGAGCUUCAAAAUUAAGGAUAGUUCACCUGAAUUUUUCAAAUACAUUUUCCGUAAUUUAUUCCAGAUCGAAAAGUCAGUCCGUUUCACUUUCUAGUCUCCAAAAGAAUAACUGAUUAGUCAUUCUACAGUGAUUAGAAGUUUGUUUUUGUAUCCUACUCUUACUUUUGUCUAAGCUGGGUUGGUAACAUCAAAAAAGCUGUGCUGUUUCUAAUAAGUGAACUCUCAAGAGUUUUUGUUGCAAUAUCGUCCAUAUGAUCUCCAGUGUCGGUUGCUAAUAACUAACCCCAAAUACAAGCAAGGUAGCAACAACAUUGAUCAUUUUUUAUAAAUUUCCGCUUUACUGUUAACACUGAAAUACAGUUCAGACGCCAGAGUGUCUUCGUUCUCAUCUUUGUGCUCAAUAUAUCGAGAGUUUGUCUGUCGUGACUUUUUAUUGAUAUAUUACUGCUUUUGUGAAAAACACACUUCAGCCAUUUGCGUAAUCUCCAAACACUUCCCUCUCAUAGCACCGCGAUGUGAUGAAAUUUACGGCGCGUUCACCUUGUGAAAAGAGAGAAAGAAUUAAAAAAUUUUCGCUAAACGAAUUUCCGUGUAGUUUACAGACUAAUAUAUACGUGAUGACAUCCUUUUGAAUGAAAUCUCGGUUGCCGUGAUGUUGAUCAUUAGUUCGAAAUGUUUUAGUUAGGUACCAACGCAGUUAACUUUGAAAAGUUACUAAAUUUGGACACUGGGUAAUACUAAGUUUGUCUCUAGAGAAUUCAAUUCUUGGAUAGAGUCACAUGUGAUUAUCACAAAAAUUUUGAAAACUAUAGGAAUUUUUGUUGUUCAAUUUGUCUCUAGUCAAAACAGGAAACUCUUCAGAAUGAGGCCUGGAGCUUUCUUUACAAAACUUUUCUACUGUAGGACGGUUUUACCCGUUUCUGUAGUCUGACCAUGAAACGUGAAAAUAACCCUCGAUUUUUCUAAAGAUACUUACUGUUUUUGAAUUGGUUUCAUAUUUUAACAGACAGAGAUUUAGAUCACUUAUGCAUGUAUUACAUGAAUGAAUAACGCUUUUAAGGUCUUACGAAAAUGUAAAUUGUCUACAGUUUUGUUAUUUGAGGCAGAAAUUUUGAACUGCAAGUUAAUUCUAAGUUAGUUACCAAGUGUUUGACUUCGUUUUUCAAUGAACACUGAAGAAAGUUUAAACACUUCUCGUUGUACAUCAUUGUUAUCCACUAUGGCAGUUAUUGACUCAUUCUCCAUUCACUACCACAUUAUUUCUUGGGACAGACAAUAGUUCAUGGAUUAAAUAUAUGUUUAAGAAUUGUCUAUGGAGUCAUAAUAAUAAUUUUCUGCAGUUUUUGGGUGUUACAGUUGUUAACAAAGUUUUUUGUUCUGUUGCUGAGUGUUGUUAACUGUUAUGGUAGGUCUAACCUUAACUUUGAGAAAAGGAAUUCAUUGUCAAUCAGUAAUUAGAAUUGAUCAGGACUUAAGGGCUAGUCCAGUAUCUCUUUGGUUAUUUCUUAAAAACAGAUGGAGAUUUCUGAAUCAAACAUUUAACAAAUAGAUUCCAUGUUGCUGUGCAUCUGUUUAGUAAUAGAUCACAGAUGACAUCAAAAUGUGGUAAGAACAGAAAAGUGGCACACAAGGCACAGCCGAGUGUGUCACUGAUGUUCUUACCACAUUUUGACGUCCUCUGUGAUCUGUUACUGAACAGAUGCACGGCAACUUGGAAUCUAUUUGUUUUAUAUAAUAAAUAAUUUAAAAAGUCUUAAUGAUGACAUCAUCUAUACGUCUGUCCUCCAAUAGAUCAUGAGUGAGAACCAAUCAGAAUGCGUGCAUAACUGAGCUUAUUAUAUAAAAGUCACUAGAAUUUAGGAAGUCAUCAUCAACUCAAUUAGCUCUUGAUUGUGGAACAAAAUCUCCUUGUUAGUGCCUUAAGAAAUGAAUAGAAAACAUUUUUGGAGAAUAUGCAUACUGAUGUAAAGGUGUAAAGGGUUACUACCAGGGUGAUAUCUUUGUAAGUUUGUUGAUUUAAAGUAAAAAGUUGCUAUAAAGCAACAUAAGAAAAGUUGGCAAAUUUUCUAUGUCAAAACCCUUGACUACUUCUAUCCUUCUCAGGUGAUAUGGUUAUACCAAUGGCCUUUACUCAGAAGAUGAAAAAAAGCAGUUUGGUCAAAAGGCUGACAAAAUUCUCAAAUUUCUAAUCACAAAAAUGUGUAUGACUCAACCAAUAGUUAAAUAAAAGAUUUUUUAUAUUUAGGUUGAAUGUGUGAAGCGCCUUGUUGAGUGUGGAUUAAACAUUGAUAUAACUGAAGGGAGAUUUGAACAGUCUGCAGCUCACCUUGCAGCCUUUGCUGGUCAUGUGGAUGUACUCCAAUGGCUGCUGGAAAAUGGGUCUUCUGGACAGAAGCAGGUAAGAUUAUUUAUUAAAAUUUCCUACUAUAUUCUGUCUAUUGAACUUCAUUUUCACCCUGAAGCAGGUUAUUGGAUUCCUAACUUCACUGAUUUCAAUGCUGUAGGAUAGUCUUGGAGAUACUGCAGUGCACAAGGCUGCUCGCUGUGGAAGCAUUCAAUGUUUGAGGUUGUUACAGGAAUUUGGAACUCCCUUAAGGUAUUCAAAACAAUACAACAAUUUAACUUGACUUUCAAACUUCUGAAGUGUAUUAUUUGAGUAAGUCACCCCUUCACCUCUUCACCCAUUGAACUCCAAUUCUUUUUGGUGUUUAUAGUUGUCAAGAUACUACUUGACUUCCUGUUCUAUUCUUAUCACCUUUCUGCUGAGGAAUGUACUUUAAUUGUAGAUUAAUUUACCUGUUAAUCACACCUCUGAGCUUAAAGGUACAGUAUGAGACAGUAUUCUUUGAAAAGGGAUUGUAACCAACCUCUGUUGUCUUUCAGUACUUUCAACUUGUACCGGCAAACACCCUGUGACCUUGCUUCCUCACUUGGCUAUGAACAAAGUGUUCAGUUCUUGAGAAAUCACAGCUGUGCUACAGGUGAAUAUUUUCUUAGCCAGUCAUACCUUAGUGAUAAUGAUCUGUUAGUCACAAUCUAUAUAGGAGAGCAAGCACAGUUUUUGCUAGAUUUUUAAAUUCCAUAUGUACAGAGCACUCCUUGGGUAAGGCCAAUUGUAGACCAGAGAUACUUUCUUGUAAUUUGAAAUACAUGUAGUUUUUGUAGGAAUCAUUUUUUUUGCCAAAAAUUGUUACCUCAGUUUUCAAUUAAUUGUGUAUCUUUUAAGUUUUUAUUAAUGGUAGGUUUGCAUGUAUAACAACAUUUUUGCCCAUUUAUUUCUUCAUGAAUGGUGAAUUAUCUUACUUCAAUUCCAGUGUCAAGCCAGAGAAAAAGUAAAAGAUUACUUGAUGAUGGAGACUACGCAGAGCAAGCAAAAAGACCCAGGAAUGGUGGGUAUUGCCUCGCAGGACUAUCCCUAUUCUAAAAAGACUUUGUUGGGUGAGUUAGCUAUUUUCUGAGAUCUUAAGGCUUACCUUUUUUUACACCUGUCAGUAUGCAUAUUCUCCAUACUGUUCUCUAUACAUUUCCCAACAUGCUGAGAAGGAGAAUUUGUUCAAAAAUCAAUGGUGAUCAAUUCCUUCAUUUUCAUGACCAUUAAUGUUUGAUUCAGGCUUGAUAUUCUAAAGAGAAAUUGUAAGCCUAGGGAUCAAAGAAUUAGGAAAAAAAACAUGUUACUGCUUUAAGACAUUUUAACAAGUGUUAUUUUAAUGUCAAUUGUAGGUGUUGUGGAAUAUUUCAAUCAUCUUGAGGAACUUGGUCCAAAUGCUGUAAAUCACAAUCUGCACAUUUCAAAUGAUGAAAAUCAAUGGAUAGACAGUACAAAUAGUUUUCAGAAUGGGCAUGUAAAUGAUGAACAUUUCAAAAGCACAAGUUACAGCAGUUGUCUCUCUGCUAAGAACAGUGAUGUUGACAUGCAUAGUGAUGAAGUUCAAGAAACUAAUGCAAUCGAAACAAAUUCUAGCGAUCUUUAUUUAAACCAGCCUGUUAGAUGUUUAAGUCUGUGUGGUCACAUGCAGUAACUAGCUUAUGCUGUCUAUAAAUUUAUCCAUUUGUAAAUAGAGGUCAACUCAGAAACUCUUAAGAUAAAUGAAGAAAUUCCCAUAUGGUAAUGUUCACACAACUUUGGCCACUGCAUAUGUAUUUAUUUAGCUGUAAAGCUAUUUCACCUUUGCAUUAAAUGUUGCUUCAAUGUGUUACAAGUUACCUUCAGUGUAUAUACAUCAUCAUCCAGUACAUAGUUGUAACAUUCUGCUUUGUCUGGAAUUAAAAGGAUCAAGGUACAUGAACUGAUAUCAGAAAUUUUGAAAAGUUGACAUUUCAAGCAUUGGCACAUCUUUGAAACAAAUUUGCUCUGAUCCAGGGCAAAUGUAUGGUUGGAGUUUGUCUAUCAGACUUUUGACUUAGGCUGAUGCAAGAAUACAGUGAUCAGCUUGAUAACAUUUGCUAUGGCAGUUUAUGAACCUUAAAGAACAAGUAGUUGCAUGGAUAACCUUGAAAUUAUUUCUUUUUCAUGUCAACACAGCAAAAUACUUUCUUUAGAAACUAAUAGCCUUGUUGGAUUACAUUGUUUGCAUACAUUUUCAGUCCAGUGCACAUAAUGUCAUGUGGCAACUUGGCAAUUGACCACUGAAAAAAUGUUCCUUAAUUUAAAGUUGACUGCCAACUUAAGUGUGGCAACUCUGUUCCUUUGUUUUUUUUUUUUAAAACAUACUUUUAUGAAUUUAAUUGCAUUUACUGUGCUUGAAAAAAAAUGUUCUAAAUCUUUCAAUUUUGUAAUAUAACAACUUAAUGCAAUAUUCUAUCUACAUGAAAUUAUUAACACCUAAGGGAAAGGUUCUCAAAAUGUAUUUGAUAAUUGUAAAUUUCUUGUAAAAUAAACUGAAAUUCUUCUGGUUGUAACUGGUUUGUCAGAUUAUAGAAAACACUUCGAUAAAACUUUACUGGCUGGAGGAUGCUAAUUGUAAUCAAAGUUUCUAAUUUGGGAUAGAGUAAAAAAAUUAUACCUUGAGCCUGGUUAUCCCAGAUUUUUGCUACAAAUGAAG